AAAUCAGUCGUCGUCGCAUCACAAUCAUCUUCUUCUUUUUUCUUCGUCGGCAACGUUCUUUUGUCUUCUCGUGCUGCUUCAUAAUAAUUUGAUCUUAUCUGCUUAUAUACGCAGAUCUCAUCUCCUCCUAUUAAGUAUUAACAAACCGUCUCUGAGUGAGUAGUAACCUCCCUCCUUCUCUUCCGUCAACGAUCGUUCCCUUUCUUCUGUACUACUGUUCUGACUUUUUUUUUAAUCCAUCGAUCUGUGUUAUAAUAUUCUAAUUUAGUCUGUGUUUCGAUUAGGUUUUUAGUGUUUUAGGAGAGUAGUAGUUUUGGUUGGUUUCUUGGAAUAAUAUGUAUGUGUUGCCUUUUGAUUCCCGACGGUUUUCUUUCUUCUAUUUGCAAAAAAAAAAAAAAAAAAAANCUCACCCACUUGAUCAUCUUCGUUAGCUCCUCCUCUGUAAUUAUUAUUAUUAUUAUUAUGUGUACAAUAUAGUAUCUUGAAUCAAUCAAAGUUGAUUUGAUGAAAUAAGUUUGAUCUUCUAUGUUUCUAGAAAUUUUAGACACUACUAUUCACUAGAGAGAGCUUCUCUCAAAUUGAAGUACUUAUAAUUUGCUAAUAAUAUAUAUAUAUAUAUAUAUAUAUAUAUUGUAUGUUGUGUUGGGAAUAAACAAAGUUGUUGUAUUUUGGAUCAUCUGACACUAGUAGUUCUAUUGUUUAUAAUCAGAAGCAGGUCAUUUUAUUUUUGGGACCAAAAUGGCUAGCAAAGAUGAUGCAGCUACGCGUGCUAAUAAUGAUUGGGAAGUUGUUUCCCUUACUGCCUCUGCUUACGCUGCUUCUCCUGGUCCCAACAAACCACUCGACCUGAAACAUGAUGAUGCACUUACCACUCCUCCUCCUCCUCCCGAUUCAGCUCAGACUUCUCAUCCUUUGUACAUGUCUCGCCACUUUGUUUUCCCUCCUCCUACUUCUGUUGAUGAGCUUCAUACGGAUACUACUACUAGUGACCUGCUUACCGAAGGACCUAGUAAGAAGUUGGGUUUUGGAUUCUCUUUGGAGCAAGAAACCGGGUCUGCUCUCAAGAAAGAUGGCGGGGAUUUGACUCUCAAGGGAUUGGAUUUAUCUGAUGAUGAUUUUGCAGGACUUGACUUUUCCGACGAUAAAGGAGGCAAAACCCAUGACAACAACAUUUACAAGACGGCCAUGAGUUCUCUGGACGAUGAAAGAGCUACUUCUGGGUAUGAACAACAGAGCGAACCUGUUCAAGAACCGACUGAGCCAGCCUCCGCCUCCUCUCCAUCUGAUGAUGUUUCAUCCGAUCUUAAUCCUACUACUAAAGAUGACAAGAAUGAUGAUGUCCCACCUUGCCAAGCCUGGUGGAAAAGAAGCGCUGCGUCUUUGAUUGCACAAGCUAAAGAAACCAACACUGUUUGGUCCAUCUUCAUUGCUGCAGCUGUCAUGGGAGUUGUGAUUCUUGGCCAACAUUGGCAACAUGAGAGGUGGCAGAUUUUGCAGCUCAAGUGGGAAUCUACCAUUGGAAACGAGAAAGCUGGAAGAUUCAUGGGGCCCAUCUCUCGUCUGAAACAAGCAUUUGUCGGAGGAGGACAGCGAAGGGAUUCAUUCAUCCGAGCCAGCUCCCAUAACGACAGUUAAAACAAACACGAGAAAAAGGUGAUUGAUUAGCUUUGAUAAUGACGAUAAGAAACAAGAGUAACUGUUUGAAGGUGUAAAAACAUUAUGUGAUGGUAAAGUUCUGGGGUUUGGAUGCUGUUUACUGCUGCCGUCUAAGGGUUGACGAGUAUGGUUUUUGUACAUAUAUAUGCUUUAUUUCUUUGGUGUGAAAAAAAAAAAAAAAAAAA